UUGUUAGCUCCUUUCAAGGGAUGGAUGACAUGGUGGUGAAAGACUCAGUCUCGGUCCUCCUGAAGUGUACUCAGGAGUCUGUGAAGGUGGCCUCAGAGAAAUUCAUGGUAAUGAGGACAGGGGAGGCUCACUAAGUUAAUAGUUUGGACUUGAGAAGAGCAGAGUUGCUGACUUGCACUCUCCUAAGGUGGAAGGGACAAGUAGGUGUUCAGAUCUGUAGAAGGUAAGUGGAUAGUCCAGUCAGUUAUACACCAGACCGCAUUCCCAGUAAGGUUGAUUUAAUCACUGAUGGGCAAGAGAGGCCUUAGAAAAUCUUUAUUGCUUUAAAUAAUGUGUAAGUUUGUUGGUGUUGUGGGAAAUAGCAGACAUGCCAUUUGAUAGACAUAUUGGCUGUUUAUGUAUCUUAUUAUAACCUUCAAAAUGUUGGCAAGUUGAAAAGUAUAUCAAUAAAAAUGCCUCCAAAGUAGUAAAUAGGUAAAACUCUUUCAAACAAAUUUAUAACUUGCUCUUAUAGGAGUGUGGGUGCUCGUGAUCUUAAUGUGUAUGCUGUUAGGGGGUUAAUUGUGACCCUGCAAUAUUUAUGUGUUGAAGUCCUAACAGCCAGUACCUCACAGUACAACUUAUUUGGAAAUGGGGUCAAUGCAGAUGUAGUUAGUUAAGAUGAGGUCAUUAGGGUGGACCUUAAUCCAGUAUAAUUGGUGUCCUUAUAAAAAGGGGAAAUUUAGAUGCUGAGAUAUGCAGGGCAUGGGGGGAGAUGAUGUGAACAGACAUAGGGAGAAGACAACCAUCCACAAGCUGAGAAGCACAGCCUGGAAGAGAUCCUUCCCUCACAGCCCUCAGAAGGAGCUAGCUACCUGAUACCUUGAGUUUGGAUUUCCAAUUUCCAGAACCAUAAGACGCCAGUACAGGCUACUCUGUCAUCUUUGAAGAUGUUAGAUGUGGGAAAGUGGCCAAUUUUUUCCCUUUGUUCUGAGGAAGAACUACAGUUAAUUCGUCAGGCUUGUGUCUUUGGCAGUGCUGGCAAUGAAGUUUUAUACACUACAGUAAAUGAUGAGAUUUUUGUGCUUGGCACAAACUGCUGUGGCUGUUUGGGGUUAGGUGACGUCCAGAGCACCAUUGAACCUCGGAGACUGGAUUCUUUAAAUGGCAAAAAAAUAGCCUGCCUCAGCUAUGGGAGUGGUCCACAUAUUGUCCUUGCAACAACAGAAGGAGAAGUCUUUACCUGGGGUCAUAAUGCUUAUAGCCAGCUGGGCAAUGGGACAACUAAUCAUGGUUUAGUGCCCUGUCAUAUCUCUACUAAUUUGUCAAACAAACAAGUCAUUGAAGUUGCCUGUGGGUCUUACCAUUCUUUGGUGCUAACAUCUGAUGGAGAGGUAUUUGCCUGGGGUUAUAAUAACUCUGGGCAGGUAGGAUCUGGAUCAACAGUUAAUCAGCCAAUCCCUCGAAGAGUCACUGGCUGCCUACAGAAUAAAGUAGUUGUGACCAUAGCAUGUGGGCAGAUGUGCUGCAUGGCAGUAGUAGACACAGGGGAGGUCUAUGUCUGGGGUUACAACGGAAACGGGCAGCUCGGACUUGGCAACAGUGGCAACCAGCCAACCCCUUGCAGAGUGGCAGCUUUGCAAGGCAUCCGUGUCCAGCGGGUCGCCUGUGGCUACGCACACACAUUAGUAUUAACAGAUGAAGGCCAAGUGUAUGCUUGGGGCGCCAAUUCUUAUGGGCAGUUGGGCACUGGCAAUAAAAGCAACCAGUCCUAUCCUACUCCUGUCACUGUGGAAAAGGACAGGAUUAUCGAGAUUGCAGCCUGUCACUCCACACACACGUCUGCGGCCAAGACGCAGGGUGGGCACGUGUACAUGUGGGGCCAGUGCCGGGGUCAGUCCGUGAUUCUCCCGCACCUCACCCACUUCUCCUGCACCGACGACGUGUUUGCCUGCUUUGCCACUCCCGCCGUCACGUGGCGCCUCCUCUCCGUAGAACCUGAUGACCACCUCACGGUGGCUGAGUCACUGAAGAGGGAAUUUGAUAACCCGGACACUGCAGACCUGAAGUUUCUAGUUGAUGGAAAGUACAUUUAUGCACAUAAAGUCCUUCUCAAGAUUCGAUGUGAGCAUUUUCGUUCGUCAUUGGAAGAUAACGAGGAUGAUAUUGUAGAAAUGAGUGAAUUUUCAUAUCCUGUUUACCGGGCCUUCCUGGAAUACCUGUACACAGACAGCAUCAGCCUUUCUCCUGAGGAGGCAGUAGGACUGCUAGACUUGGCUACGUUUUAUAGAGAAAAUCGUUUGAAAAAGCUCUGCCAACAAACUAUCAAGCAAGGCAUCUGCGAGGAGAACGCCAUCGCUCUGCUCUCGGCUGCGGUGAAGUAUGACGCCCAGGAUUUAGAAGAAUUCUGCUUCAGGUUUUGCAUAAACCAUCUGACCGUAGUAACACAAACAUCAGGUUUUGCAGAAAUGGACCAUGAUCUCCUGAAGAACUUUAUCAGCAAAGCAAGCAGAGUUGGAGCCUUUAAAAAUUGAUCCCAUCUGCAGGAAAGGAGUUUUUGAGCCUUUCCUUUUCCCCUGCAAAAGCCAGAGAUGAAUCACUUCUCUUUAAUUAAUAGUAUGUAUGAUGAGCUACGUUUGGCUGAGUACUUGUAUCUGUCAAAAGAAGGAUGGUGGUGAGUGGUCUUCGUCUGCCUAAACCCAGAGUUUAUGUAGAAAGCAUUGACUGUUCUGAUCAGAUGUGACUAAGGUCAAGGAAAAAAAAUUGAAAUAUCUUAUUUACCAUUUCCUCUUCUGAGUCACUUAAAUUGGACACCUUUGGUACCCUGGUCUCUGUAUAUGCUAGUCUGGCCCAAAUGUUCCAUUAUUCAGCUGGCUGAUACCACAUAGAUAGCUUGACAAGGAGUGCUGUCCUUACCACAUUUUCAGCACUCAGCACAGUGCCUUGUGUAUAAUAGGCACUCAAUUUAUUAUAAAUCUUCAGCAUGUCCUGAGAACAGCUUUAGUUGUGGAAUACUGGGGGAAGGAAUAACUUUCACAAAAUAAACUUAAAACAGCUUGUAAUUAUUGAGGUUCAUAUUCUUCUGGUAUAUCAUUCUGAGAAAUUGUGGCUAAUUUAGAACAUUGUUUAGAAUUCACAAAAGGCCUUGGCAAUUAAAUUGUCAGAGGCCCAAGGGCUAAUUUUAAUUUUCUUUUUACUUGGAGUCAUUCAUUAAUCUCUCACAUGGGAUUAUGGAGUAUGAAGUAUUAUCUUUGAAUGAAAUGCCUUGGCUGAUCUGCCUUACAUAAUCACAUAAGGUCCUUUGAUUUUCUUUGUGUUAAGAGGGAUUUGCCUCCGUAAAUGAAAAUGACAAUGUGCUUUUCUUGUAUUUGACUUUCAUGUCACUAUAAAAUAGGUCUCUUAACCUGGCACCAGUAUAACUAUAAAGCACUAGCUGAGAAGGAACUGAUACUUACAUUUCAUGGACAGCAUUAACAAGAAUGAGGUAAAUUUAUACUUUUUAGAUUAAAACAAAUUACCUAAUUGCAAAAGAGAAACUGGAAUGGAACAUAGUCUCAGAUUCUUCUAAUGUGUAUCUCACAAUAUCAUGUAAUGUAAAGAAAACCCUUUUGGAAUUAGAAUUCUUGUUCUGAUGCUGAACUAUUUGGUAAUAAAGUGCUUAUUUGCAGAUAACAGAACAAA